AUGGAGCCUUCGAUUCUGCCUCCUCAUGGCUCGCUGGCAGUUCUGCUAAUUCUGCCAGCAUAUCUCGCGGCACUGGUUCUGGCAGCUUGUGCACCAUAUCCUGUUCCAAUACGACUCGGCAAUGUUUCGUUAUCAAACGGCCAGGUAGUGAGAGGCUUGGAACUGGCCGUUGGGGAACCCGAGCAGAAAUUUGCUUUCAUCCCCCAGAGUGGCCAGAACGGCACUUUGUUGUACGGCACCAACGGAGUUUGUACUCUUCGCGGCUCUGACAGGUGGUCUAAGGACGGCUGUACUUCUUUUCGAGGGGGUUCUUAUGAUUUACUCGCGUCCAAGACAAGCAAAGCGACAACACACGAUGCUACUCCCGAAGAUGACGGAUGGCCAGAUAUCAACCCCGUUGCUGAUACGAUGAAGCUCAAUAGCAACCUUACGCUCGACAACCUCGCCAUGGGCAUAGCGUUGAGCGACUGGGAUACCCAAGGCUAUAAAGCCAUGAUGGGGCUCGGCCUAGGCUCGAAUUCGACCAUACUGAGAGUCUUGAAGGAGUCAGGCAAGAUUACCUCGCGAACGUGGAGUCUCUUUUGGGGUCGCGGUUUUGGGAUGUCCUCUCAGCUGGACGGUCAUCUUAUAUAUGGAGGCUACGACCGAGCAAAAGUUUCUGGAAAACGAUAUACCCAGCCCCUGACACCCAACAUCGCUCAAUGCGAGUCACAACUCAUGGUGACGGUCACAGACCUGACCAUGAACUUCGACAAUGGUACAGACGUCGGCAUUUUCCCGUCAAAGUCGAGCGCCAUCUCCACCUGCAUCAAUCCAACGAUUCCGGUAAUGAUGAGGAUGCCUCUGAAUCCUUACUUUUCCACCUUCCUUAAAUACACGGACAAUACCAUUGACAACAUGACUCGCUCUCUCGGUUAUCACUACUGGAACAUGAAAUACCUUCCCGACCAAAAGCCGUAUGUCCCCCUUAUCCCUGACUUGCUCGCAGUCCUCCAAGCGGCUCGGGUCAACUUUCCAAGCCCACAUACUGACAAGACUUGUGCCAAUAGAUAUGACGGUGCCUUGACAAUAACGCUCUCAUCCGGCCUAAAAAUUCGUGUGGACCGUGACAACCUCGUCCUACCACACGUAUCACUCGAUGAGCAAACGGGAGAGAUGCUCGUCAACGCAACAGAAAAGGACAUGCUCAUUGACUCAAUGCAGAAUGUCAACGAAAACGACAUGGCACAACUCGGCUGGCAGUUUCUUUCCGCCGCCUACCUGCAAGUCAACCACGACACGUCCGAGUUCUCGCUCUGGCAGGCAAACCCCACAUGGAACCAAGACAUCGUGUCCAUAGACCCCGGCAACAACGACGUCACCGACUUUUGCUCGUCCCAGUCCAAAGACGGCAAUAAGACCGUGAACGGUGGUGGGGAUGCGGGCGGCAGCGGGGAGGGUAGCAGCAACGACACGUCGACAAGCUCGGGCUCCCCCGGCCUCUCACGCGGGGCUACUGCCGGAAUUGCCGUUGGCGGGGCCGCAGCUAUAGCUAUCAUCGUCGGAGCUGUGCUAUGGUUUCUCAAGCGAAAGAGGUCGAGGGCCCCUUCAUUACCAUCGCCGGGCAUGAUGCAGAACACAGCGUGGACGCCAGUGCCUCCAAGCCAAGACCUCCCCUCUAAGACGCCACCGACGUGCGAACUAGACAAUGGGGACACUCCAACCAUGCGGCGGUAUGAGAUGGCGGGUUGA